AUGAGCGACUUUGAUCGUAUGCUUCAGCAAAAGAAAGAAUUGAAAAGGCGUAGAAAGCGUAAAGACAUUGAUAUCAUCAAUGACAAUGAUGAUAUUAUAGCACAGUUAUUAGCUGAUAUGAGGAAUGCUUAUAUGGAAGACAGAAAGCUCAAUGAGCUGGGUAAGCCAGCCACAUACAAAAUUGCCAUGUUGUCAAAAGUCAUGUCGCAGUUAAAAAAACAAGAUUUACAAUUGGCAUUUUUAGAACAUAAUGUUUUGUCAGUACUCACAGAUUGGUUAGCACCUAUGCCGGAUAAAUCAUUGACAUCUUUAAGAAUAAGAGACUCAAUUUUGAAAUUACUGCAUGAGUUUCCAAGAAUUGACCAAUCUUCACUGAAACAGUCUGGAAUUGGAAAGGCAGUUAUGUAUUUGUAUAAGCAUCCUAAGGAAACAAAAGAGAAUAAAACUAGAGCUGGAAAAUUGAUCAAUGAAUGGGCAAGACCAAUUUUCAAUUUGUCUACUGAUUUCAAAGCUAUGACCAAAGAAGAAAGGAUGCAGAGAGAUAUGGAGCAAAUCCCUACUAAAAAGCGCAAGACCAAGGAUGAUUCAUCAUCAUUCAGAUCAAAAGACAUAAACAGAGCUCUGAAAGAAGAAUCAAAGCCAUUGAGGCCAGGUGAUCCUGGUUGGGUUUCAAGAGCUCGAGUGCCUAUGCCUUCAUCCAAAGACUAUGUUGUCAGACCAGAGUGGAAAUCAGAUACCGAUAUUAGUAGAACUGUUAAACCACCGCCUAAUCGUUUUGAAAAACAUAUGAAAAAUUUCAUUGAAAACAGAAGAAUGAGAUCCUCCAGAAGAGCUGUUGAGAUAUCUAUUGAAGGACGCAAAAUGGCUCUGUAA